UCCCCAGGGCUGCAGGCUGCAGAGUGUCGGUGUGGCCCCUCCCUGGCAGGCAGGAGACCCACAUGGCCAGCCUCAUGUUUGACUGUUGGAGAUUCAUCCUGUGCAAGAGACCUGGAAGCAACAGUUACUCUUCCCCACAACGACCCAAUGAGGCCAAAAAGGAGGAAACGGAUCACCAAAUUGAUGUGUCUGACGUCAUCAGGCUUGUUCAAGACACACCAGAGGCCACGGCCAUGGCCACAGAUGAAAUCAUGCACCAGGACAUCGUCCCGCUCUGUGCUGCCGACAUCCAGGACCAGCUGAAGAAGCGCUUUGCUUACCUGUCCGGUGGGCGGGGGCAGGACGGAAGCCCAGUCAUCACCUUCCCUGACUACCCGGCCUUCAGCGAGAUCCCGGACAAGGAGUUCCAGAAUGUCAUGACCUACCUCACCAGCAUCCCCAGCCUGCAGGACGCUGGCAUCGGAUUCAUCCUGGUGAUAGACCGGCGGCGGGACAAAUGGACCUCCGUGAAGGCGUCCGUCCUGCGCAUCGCAGCAUCUUUCCCGGCAAACCUGCAGCUUGUCCUUGUGCUUCGCCCGACGGGUUUUUUCCAAAGGACUCUCUCCGACAUCGCUUUCAAAUUCAAUAGAGAUGACUUUAAGAUGAAGGUGCCGGUAAGUUCCGCCGUCCCCCCCGCCCCCCCCAUCCUGCGGGAGCAGAACGGAACUAAUUGCCGUCCUGGCUCAUCUGUGAUCAUCGAAAUCCUCGAGGAGCUGACUUCAGGGCCAUGUGGUCAACAAAACCCUGCAGGACCUGGUGGGAAGCUGCACUUCCUCAACGCUAACAAAGGCUUCACAAAGUCUCUUGGAGCCUGUGGAGCCCGGUCACCAGCCCGAGCUGUGUCAGCUCCCCCUGAGAGCCCUGGUCAGCUGACUCGGCGAGCUCACAUCUUCUCUGCCACAAAGAGAACAGAGACAUAUGGGCCAGCGCCAGGCACCUGA